AUGGCUGCCAGCACAGCGUCACCCAUUGCGACUUCUAGUCCCUUCACAUCGAUGAAUCCCACGACAACAGAACACGACUUUCGCUUCCCGCGAAGGCCUGACGACCACUACAGCGGUACAUCACAGCCCCAGGCGCAUUCCAAGGCCAGCCCGAGCGACCUGCCCGCCGGUCUUCGGGAUCUACGACUCGACCUCUCCGCAGCUCUCUACCCGAAUGCGCAAGACGAAUUUCUGAGGAACUCGGAUUUUCCCCCCUUCCAGAAGGCAGCCAUGGACUCCCACCAGAGCCCCGAAGACAUGCAGAAGGAGGACCCUCUAGCGACACAGGUGUGGAAGUUCUUCAGCAAGACGAAGCACAUGUUGCCAAACCAGCAACGCAUGGAGAAUCUGACGUGGAGAAUGAUGGCGUUCAACUUGCGCAAGAAGCAGCAAGAGGAAGAGAAAGCAAGGCUCGCUCGAUCUGCGCCGGCACCUGCACCACCGGCUGCUACGCCCGCUGCGACGUUCAAUGCCAACCCACCCAGCGGCAUUGCUCAAUUGCGCAAGUCGUCGGAACAGAAUGUGAACCACUCAGAGCCCAUGAACCUCGAUGAUUUCAUCUUUUCCGACAACAUUGCGACGCCUGUCACGAACCCAUCGCCGCUGCCGCACAAGCAGGAGGAGAAGAACCAGCACCAAAUGCCCUCUUCCUUCUCUUCAGCCAUCCCCAUCAAAUCGCGCAAGGACUCGGCCAUGCAGCAGCACUUUGUCCCGCAAUCGGUCCCUUUCCCUCCCCAUCACCAAAAGACCCAUGACGAAUUCAACUACGUUACUCGGCAUCACCGUAAAACGAGUAUUGACGAGCGACGGACCCGUAAACGUCCGGCCGACUUCUCUCCCCAAGUACCCGCUGUAAACAGCACCACGACAACAACCAAUGACUUGGAUGCCGACUCAGAACUACACGAAUACUCGCUCGAUAACGCCAACGGAUCCAACAUGUCGCAACAUUCGCAUCAGACGGGUGUUCCCUUCCCUCUAGAUACCUACAACAUCGAAAACGACCCUAUCAUCACAUCUGCCGGCCCCUUCCAGCAGAACUUCAACUUCUCGCCUUCCACCUCCCCCAUGAUAUCUCACGGCCCAUUUUCUACCGUCUACAAUGGUUCUUCGGUCCAGUCUUCUUCUCUGAACCCGUCGGAUUUCUAUUCCCCGCCAGGAUCGGCUUAUCAUUCCACCGUCUCAACGCCGCACCAAAUGCCUGAUAACGAGGGCUUCUACUUUGGAUCGAUGGAUAUGCGUAGUCAAAGGCAACAGCCUUUCCGGCAAGGUCCUCAGAGCAUGGGAAACCAAAUGAACGGACAGUUUAUGUACAACGCACAAAACGGAAACCCCAUGUUCCCGGCCUCAGCACCCGCCACCGAGACUGUGUCUGCCUUCAGCGCCGCGCCCAGUCCCUUUGGCCACAUCGACCCGACCCAGGUCUUCCAGCCAGAUCAUCCCGUUCGCUCUCCAGGCAUGACUAUCCCCAAUGAGGGCAUGUUCACAUUUGGCGCAGACUCGGAUGAGGAGGAUGGCGGUGCAUUUGCCGACCGCAACAUGGUUAUGUCUCAAGACUUUUCGCCCGGUCCUAUGGACGAGAGCAACUCUCUUGGUUGGGACCCGACUCUGCCCGGCCAGUACAGCACACAGGCUGCGCGGUAUCCUGGUGGUCCGCCCCGAAAACAGGUUACUAUUGGUGGCACCACAACGGAUUAUGUCGAAAACAAUGACUGGGAAGGCGGUAGCCUGCCGCGAUCGCAGUCCUUCAGGCAAGGUUCCGACAGGAGGGGUGGCAAGGUUCCGCGCACGGCUUCGACGCCUGCGGGACAUCUGGGCAGAAACGGAAACCCCUUUGAUCGCAUGGCACAGUCCACGCCCAACUCUCCACCGGAGAACAACGGCACGGUGUCUGGGUUCUCUUCCGUCGCCCCUAGCCGGCCCUCGUCUCCUCCUGGUUCCAAGCAAGGUUCCACGACAAACCUGCAGGCGGCCGCGGGCAACCAGGGAGAAGGGAACGCCCCCACCACAUGUACAAACUGCUUCACUCAGACAACGCCGCUCUGGCGACGAAACCCUGAGGGUCAGCCCCUUUGCAACGCUUGUGGUCUGUUCUUGAAGCUCCAUGGCGUCGUCCGACCCUUGAGUUUGAAGACCGAUGUCAUCAAGAAGAGGAAUCGCGGCUCGGGCGCGAGCUUGCCCGUCGGCGGCACAAGCACGAGAUCGAAGAAGAGCGCUGCGGCAAGUGCCUCUGGGCCAGGAUCCCGCAAGAACUCGACGCUUGCUGUUUCCACUCCGGCCAACAACGUCACCACGCCGCCUGCUGCCACUCGAGCCAGCAGCGCCAACGAAGGAGAGAGCCCCGUCAGCGGUCCCGCGUCGGGAGGCAACACUGCCGGCAGCACACCGACAAGCUACGGAACCGGUUCGUCUACCGGCGUUGCUGCUGGUGGUAAGGGGGUUGUGCCGAUCGCUGCAGCCCCACCCAAGAACACACCUGGUCCCGGUGCUGCCGCCAUAUCUCGCAACGUCGGCACAUCCUCGUCCUCUGGCUCCUCGAAGCGCCAGCGUCGUCACAGCAAGAGUGCCGGCAGCGAGGGCAUUGCGGGCAUGGACGUCGACAGUCCCGAGACCUCGACGGGCUCUCCUAACGAGGCUGCGAAAUCGCUAGGUUCUACCACCGGUCUUUCCAGCAUGUCAACAACUGGCUCACUGGGCUUGGCCAAUGGCUUCGGCAUGACUCAGCGUCCCAUGAUGGGAAUGCCUGGCGGCCAGAACGGCCAGAUGAUGAACCCAGGCGGCCCCACUUCCGGUCCACAGGAAUGGGAAUGGCUCACGAUGAGUCUCUGA